GGUGUUGUUGUCUGUGUUGCAAUCUCUCCUGAAGUUACAGCCCAAAAUCUAAUUUUGAGAAUGCCUAGAACGUGGGUGAGAAAAACAGAGCGUGGAGUCGAUGCUACUCUUUUAAAAAGAGCAGCAGAGGAAGUUAUGAAAGGAAAGUCUGUCAGGGCAGUGGCAAAAUCCCACAAAAUCUGCCAUGUCACCUUGAACAGAUAUUGGCUGAAAUAUAAAGAACUGAAACACCAGGGAUCGAGAGACCUUCCUCAUGUAGGAUAUUACAGUCCUCACCAGGUCUUCACCAGGGAGCAGGAGGAGACUUUGUCUCAGUAUAUAAGCCAGGCAGCCGAUAUAUACUAUGGGCUAACUCCACGUGAGGUCAGAAAGUUUGCGUAUCAACUCGCGGUGGAAUUCAACAUUAAGCAUCCACAAACCUGGAAUGAGAAGAAAAUGGCAGGGCCUGAUUGGUUUAGCUCAUUUAUGAAACGGAACCCCAGACUUUCAGUGAGGAGUCCGCAGGCAACUAGCCUUUCAAGAGCCACCAGUUUCAAUCGUGCUAAUGUGGAACUCUUCUUCAAUCGACUGAGGGAGGUGAUUGACAAAAACGGGUUUGAUGGCAGUGACAUAUGGAAUGUCGAUGAAACCAGCGUGACAACUGUCCAGGCACCAUCCCGAGUUGUAGCACGCCGGGGUGUGAAGCAGGUCGGUGCCAUGACGUCAGGGGAGAGGGGCACACUUGUUUCAGUUGCAUAUGCUGUGCAGGCUCUGGGGAAUACAAUUCCUCCAUUCUUUGUGUUCCCUCGCAAGAAUUUUAAGGAUCACUUUGUUCAGAGUGGGCCAUUGGGGAGUGCAGGAAGUGCUAAUUCAUCAGGCUGGAUGCAGGAAGAGGAUUUCCUAUCAUUCCUCGUUCACUUUGUGAAGCAUACAAAGGUCAGUCCAGAAAGAAAGGUGUUGCUCUUGCUCGAUAACCACUCUUCCCAUAUCUCAGUGAGAGCUGUGGAUUUUUGCAAAGGCCAGGGAAUUGUACUACUUACGUUCCCACCACAUUGCAGCCAUAAACUCCAACCACUUGAUCGUAGUGUGUUUGGUCCAUUUAAAAGGAUGGUGAAUUCGGCGAGUGAUGACUGGAUGAGGGGGAAUCCAGGUAAAACUAUGAGUAUUUACGACAUUCCAGCCAUUGUGAGGAUUGCCCUGCCCACAGCCGCAACACAGAAAAACAUACAAGCGGGCUUCCAGUGUACAGGCAUAUGGCCUUAUAAUUGUAAUAUAUUUCAAGACUGUGACUUUAUGCCUUCACAAGUCACAGAUCGUCCUGAUCCAUCUGAGGCUCUUCAAAAGAACUCCUCUCCAUCUCACCUGCCGCCCGGCUCCUCUCCUCCUUACCUGCAGCCCGGCUCCUCUCCAGCUCACCUGCCGCCCGGCUCCUCUCCUCCUUACAUGCAGCCCGACUCCUCUCCAGCUCACCUGCCGCCCGGCUCCUUUUUAGCUUACCUGCAGUCUGACUCCUCUCCUCCUUGCCUGCCACCCAGCUCCUCUUCAGCUCACCUGCCACCUGGCUCCACUUCAGCUCACCUGCUGCCUGGCCCAUCUUCAGCUCACCUGUCGCCCGGCUCCUCUCCAGCUCACCUUCCGCCCGGUUCCUCUCCAGCCACUCAUGUUGUCCACCUGCAUUCGGGGUCCAUCGUGGGUCAGUCGUUCAGUCCAUCACUCAUUAGGCCAUUUCCAAAAGCAGGCCCAAGGAAAGAGACACGUAAGGGUAGGAAGAAGAGGCGCUCGGAAAUCCUCACAGAUACACCAGUGAAGCUUGCAUUGGAAGAGGAGGAGCGUCGAAAAGGGAAAAUCAUCAGGAAAAAAAUCUUGGGCAGUGUGAAAAGCCAAAACAAGAAGGGAAAAAAACCUGCUGGUAAAAGGGUGAAGGAUGAUAACUCCUCUUCAGAAGAGGAAGAUUUCUGUGUAGUCUGCAUGGAACCAUUUCGAAAUUCUAGAUCCAAAGAAGUGUGGGUCAAGUGUGUUUUAUGUAGCUUUUGGGCCCACCAGGCAUGCACUCCAGGCCUGACCAAUUUCAUUUGUCACCAUUGUGACUCUGAGUAACAAUGUUGUUAAUUAGUUUGUUCCUGUCACCAUUGUGACUUAAGAAUGCAUUUCAUUUAUUUGUUUGUUUGUUAUUG